GAGCUGGGAACUAAUACAGUCCCAGAACUGCCUAUGGAGCAAAUGGUAGAAUUCAGUGUCACUCUCACUGAUCAGGAGUACACAGCUGAACUUAGUGAUCCCAACUCCCCACAGUACCGACAACUCGCUGCCAAAUUUCAGCUACAGAUGCAAAAAAUAUUUGAGAAACUUCCAGGAUUCAAAGAAAUCCACGUAUUAGGAUUUAAACAGAAGAAGGAGAAAGAUGGAUCAAGCAGCACUGUAGCACGAUAUGUGGUGAACUUUGAGAGAGAUGGCUCAGAAACCAAAAGUACAGCAGAUGACAUCUCUACUAUUGGAUCUAAUAAGGUUGAAAAUGAAAAAAUUCCACUUUCUCUAAAGGAAGAGAGGGAAGUAUCAGCAACUAAACUCACAGUAACAGACCUUCAGCAACUGGUUGCUAUAGCACUCCAUGAAGACCAGUCCCUGCCAAUGGACCUUGGAACACUUCAGUUUACUGAUGAAUCUGUUAUACCACCUAGUGACUUUGAUAAUGAUAUCCAGGCUAUGGUCACUAUUCCUCUGGCAGGCCCUGAUUUGGAGGAUUCCUUGAGUGUGGAACUCCCAUUAGGUUACCCCAGCCCAGCAACAGUGGACCAAACAGGAGACAUCUUGGUCAAUGAAUUUACAACUGGAAUCCCUGUGCUAAGUGGAGACAUCAGUGCCCCUGAAGACUUUAAUAAUUUUGUUUCAUCUGAACCUGUGUUUCCUACUAAACCCUCCAGAGAACCAUUUCAGGACAAAUCUCCUCCACACACAGAAGAUACCGCUACUGACCACCAAAGUUUCACAGUGCCUUUCAAAGCUCUGGGUAGCACUAGCAGUCCUCCAAAACCAGAGGAUUCCUAUUUGCCUCCUCCAGCAGAUGAUUCUGCUAGCAAUGACUUAAUCACUGAUGGCUAUGAGUCUCCAGUGGAGCAGGCUACCACACUGGCAGUUUAUACCACAGGUAGCUUUACCCCACCUAAUCUCCUGCAAGCCAGAGAUGAGAAUACUGAAGCUGACGAGAAGAAAGAACUGAUGCAUAUAACAGGACCACCUUUCAAGGAAGCUGACCAAGAUAGUCUGUUUGGACAAGCAGUUAAGAUCAUGGAUGAACCAGAAUCAUCAGGGGAUGACAUUUUAGUUACAGCCAGCAUUUACAAAACAUUGCCUGUCUUUAUUGGUUCAAGUGAUCUCUCUACCAUGCAGCCUGAAGAUGUUAUUACAGAUGUGGUACCAUCAGACCAAACAGCACUGCUGUCUGCAGCAACCAGCCCACCCUACAGCCACUCCGAGAUCAUCGAACAGUCCCUUGAAGUACCAGAUUCCUCAGUGCCAGCAUCUGGGAGCAUUCCUCCUGAUGGCACCAGGACAGGAGUGCAGGAUAUUGCUGCCGAGUUAGAUCACAUCGAUCUGGUGAGCACAGCAGCACUGGAUGAAGUGGAGCAUGGCAGCGGUUUUAUCCCAGUGCUGUCAACUGAGCCUGCAGAAGCCACCCCAGGUCCUACGCUGAAGUAUGUAACUACCAGCUCCAUGACAACCGCAGCCAAAGGCAAAGAACUAGUGGUUUUCUUCAGCCUGAGGGUAACAAACAUGCACUUUUCUGAUGACCUCUUCAAUAGGAGUUCGGCAGAAUACAAAGCACUAGAACAACAGUUCGUGCAACUGCUACUUCCAUACCUUCAGUCCAACCUUACCGGUUUUAAGCACCUGGAAAUACUUAACUUCAGGAAUGGAAGUGUGAUAGUGAAUAGCAAAAUGAAAUUUGCCAGGACAGUGCCAUACAAUAUCACAGAAGCAGUACACUGUGUUUUGGAAGAUUUCUGUGAUGCUGCAGCCCAGCACCUCAAUUUGGAGAUUGACAGCUAUUCCCUGGAUAUUGAGCCAGCUGAUCAGGCAGACCCAUGCAAAUUCAUGGCAUGUGACGAGUUCUCUGAAUGUAUAAUGAACGAUGGGACAAAAGAGGCCGACUGCCUUUGUAAACCUGGUUACGCAAGCCAAGACGGAUUACCCUGUCGGAGCCUGUGUGAGUUAGAACCCCACCUUUGCAUCAAUGGUGGGAAAUGUGAGUUAGUUCCAGGAAGAGGAGCUGUCUGCAGGUCACCAGACGAGUUUACAAAGCCAAGACUGACAAGUUAG